AGUUUUCUUGUGGCUUUAUGCUGGAUAUUUCCUCUCUCCUUCAUUCUUUCUUGUUCUUUUCAUUUGAUGGUCAGCCAACCCUUUGAUUACCCAACUGCAAAUCUUUCUACAACUUGGAUCAAUAGCUUAUCUGCACCAGGUUCAGUGGAUUUCACUGAUGGCUCAAUAGUAAGGCCUAUAUUACUCAGAGGAACCUUUGGUCCAAGAUAUGCUUGUGGUUUCUACUGUAAUGGAAAUUGUGAAAGUUGCCUCUUUUCCAUAUUCAUUGUGCAAACCUACAGUUCCUCUAUUAUUCUAGAUGGAUUCCCACAAGUUGUUUGGUCUGCUAACAGGAACAAUCCAGUUAAGAUCAAUUCUACUUUGCAACUUACAGCAGAAGGAGACUUAGUGCUCAGAGACGCUGAUGGUACUUUGGCUUGGUCAACAAAUACUGCUGGGAAAUCUGUUGCUGGCUUAAACCUGACUGAUGAGGGGAAUAUUGUUCUGUUUGAUUCCAAGAAUGCAACUUUUUGGCAAUCUUUUGAUCACCCAACUGAUUCUUUGGUUCCAGGGCAGAAGUUAGUAUCAGGGAUGAAGCUAACAGCAAGUGUUUCAAGAACAAACUGGACCGAAGGAGGUUUGUUCUCCUUCUCUACUACCGAUCAUGGUUUGGUUGCUUUUAUAGAGUCAAAUCCUCCCCAAACUUACUUUUCAUGCUCUAUUAAUGGGUUGAAUGCAAGUUCUACUGUGUAUUUGAAUGGGAGCUUAGCUUUACUCUCAAAUUAUAGUGAUUCUGAAGAUCCGCGGCCACUGGUUUCUAUUCCUCCAGCAUCGUCUGCUCAAUAUGUGAAACUGGAGUCUGAUGGAUACUUGAAAGUGUAUGAGUGGCAAAGUCAGUGGAAAAAGGUGGAUGAUCUCCUGGCAGGUUUUUAUGGUGACUGCAAUUACCCCAUGGUCUGUGGAAGAUACGGCAUUUGCUCAGGGGGUCAAUGUAGUUGUCCCAAAUCAAGCUCUAAUUCAACUACCUAUUUCAGACAGGUAAAUGAUAGGCAGGCUAAUCUGGGUUGCUCUGAGAUAACAAGGCUGACUUGUAAUGAUUUAAAUGACCACAAAUUUCUGGAACUUGAAGAUGUGGACUAUUUCACGUUUACUGCAGAUAUUACAGACACUGAUAUGAAUACAUGUAAAGAUGCAUGUUUGAGGAACUGCUCCUGUAAAGCUGCUUUAUUUCAUAGUGGUUUAAACUCUUCCAGGGGGGAGUGCUACCUACCGUCCGAGAUCUUCUCAUUAAUGAAUAAUGAGAAGGACAGGACAAAGUAUGAUUCCCAUGCAUUUAUAAAAGUACAGGUUGAAGCUAAACCAGCAGCUUCUAAAGGGAAAAAGCCCAUUAAUGUUGCUAUAAUGCCCACUGUCACUGGAUUUGCCAUCCUAGGCGUCAUAUAUGGAAUUGCAGUUUUUAUAUUCAGGAAGAAGAAAAAGGCCAAUGAAGAUGAGGAGAAUUAUCUAGAUCACGUGCUAGGAAUGCCCACUAGAUUUUCUUACGAUGAUCUAAAGACUGCAACGGAUAACUUCACAAAGAAGCUUGGUCAAGGAGGAUUUGGGUCAGUGUUUGAAGGGUGCUUAGAACAUGGCACAAAAAUUGCAGUGAAAUGCCUUGAUGGUAUAGGCCAAGUCAAAAAAUCAUUCUUAGCUGAGGUUGAAGCUAUUGGCAGCAUACAUCAUGUAAACUUGGUGCAAUUAAUUGGCUUCUGUGCUGAGAAAUCUCAUAGGCUUCUGGUAUAUGAGUUCAUGAGCAAUGGAUCACUAGAAAAAUGGAUCUACCAUGGGAAACAAGAGCUUACUCUUGAUUGGAAUUGCAGGAGGAAGAUUAUUCAAGAUAUAGCCAAAGGAUUAGCCUACCUUCAUGAAGAAUGCAGGCAAAAGAUUCUACAUUUGGAUAUUAAGCCCCCAAACAUACUCCUAGAUGAUAAGCACAACGCUAAACUCUCUGACUUUGGGCUUUCAAAGCUAAUUGAUUGGAAUCAGAGCCAAGUAAGGACUACGAUGAGAGGCACUCCUGGUUAUUUGGCUCCUGAAUGGCGUAAUGGAGUUAUAACAGAAAAGGUAGAUGUCUACAGCUUUGGCAUUGUGAUCUUGGAAAUUUUGAGCGGAAGAAGACAUUUCGAGGCAUCCGAGUCUGAAGACCAGAAGGUAAUGUUGAACUUAUUCAGGAAAAAGGCAGAGGAAGGGAAAUUGGAGGAUCUUAUUGAUAAGCACAGUGAAGAUAUGCAGUUAUACAAAGAAGAUGUAAUAGAGACGAUGCAGAUUGCUGCCUGGUGUUUACAAGGGGACUACGCAAAGAGGCCAUCAAUGUCAAUGGUGGUCAAGGCCAUGGAGGGUGUUUUGGAAGUUGAAAAGAAUCUAGACUACAGUUUCCUUAAGCCACAAAUGGUGAGUAAACUACCAAAUAUCACUCAUGCAAAUUCAACUCCUUUACUUCCUUCAGUCCUAUCAGGCCCAAGGUGAGGAGAGUUUUGCUAAUUCCUAGUAUUGCUACAAUUGCACCUUGUUUGCUACUGUGUAAAUUUCUUCUCCAAUGUCCAAGAAUUUUAUGAUAGUUUUCUUCAAAUUAUAUAUGCAAAGUCUGUUCAAUAUAUACAUGCUCCUUUUUCUCAUUAAGAGGGGUGGAGAAGUGAUCAAGCUAUCCAUCCACUUAUCAAAACUUAGUGCAAUUUGUAUCGGAUUCAAAGGACAUUUUGGUAC